CCUCUGUCUCUAAUCUGUUUCCUCUCCCAUUUCUACUCUUACACAAACCUCUAUUACUUCCUCUUCUCUUUUGCGUACCAAACUUCCAACUUUUCUAUUUCGAGAUUCCCAACACUUCUAAAGGAACCUCAGCCUCACGUAUACAUUUGAUGUGUACAAUCUUUCCUUAAAGACAAAAUGUUUGGAUUUAUGAAAUCACCUGCAAAUAAAGCAACUAAAGAAGAUCUUCCACCCCUCUCUACAGCUAAUCCUUUUGAUUCAGAUGAUGAUGAAUCCAAUGCCAAACAAGCAGGUCAGCGUGCAAAACGAGCUGCUUCUGAACCUGUUUUCAAUAAUCCAAAUAUCCCUUCUGAUGAUUAUGGGAGAAAGGGAGCUUACCCUUCAGGUGCAGACAGAUACAAGAAUGACUUCCGUGACUCAGGAGGACUAGAGAACCAAAGUGUUCAAGAGCUGGAGAAUUAUGCCAAGUACAAGGCCGAGGAGACAACAGAGAGUGUUAAUAAUUGCCUUAGAAUUGCAGAAGACAUCAGACAAGAUGCUACAAGAACUCUUGAUAUGUUGCAUGCUCAGGGUGAGCAAAUGACGAGGACCCACCAGAUGGCUGUGGAUAUUGAUAAGGAUCUGAGUAAGGGUGAAAAGCUGUUAAAUAAUCUUGGGGGCAUCUUCUCGAAGCCUUGGAGACCUAAGAAGACUAGGCAAAUAACAGGGCCUUUGAUCACUGCAGAUAAUCCAUCCAAAACAAGUGAGAACCACAAAGAACAAAGAGAAAAGCUGGGUUUAGGAGGUAAACCUAGAGGACAUUCAGCUCCUGCAACUCCUCCUUCUGAACCAACAAAUGCCAUGCAGAAAGUUGAGCUGGAGAAGGCAAAGCAAGAUGAUGCACUUUCAGAUUUGAGUAAUAUCCUGGGUGAUUUGAAGGGCAUGGCUUUUGAAAUGGGAAGUGAAAUUGACAGUGGCAGGGGACCUUUAAGUGCUGUGAUCAUCGUAAACAUAGUAAAUGCAGGCAAAAUAAAGCCCUUGAUCAUCUUAGUGAUGAUGUUGAUGAGCUCAACUCUCGAGUGAAAGGAGCCAAUCAGCGUGCCCGCAAGUUACUUGGGAACUGACACUGAGCAGCCACCAGACUACCAAACUUAAUUUCUGCUUAUUGUUUAUUGGUUGUAAUGUCCUUUUAAACCCCUCCUGCUGUUGAAUUCAUUUGUUCAUGCCUGGAAACCAUUAAUUGGUAUUCAUGCAUGCUACUGAAUAUUUUUUUUUCUUGCAAGAUAUUAUCAUGCAUCUUCUUCUA